AUGGACAAAGAAUAUUCGUCGGAUGAUUGUCUUCCAAAAUUCUUCAAAGUGUACUUACCUGAUGAUUCCGGAGCUGAUCUGGACAUACCCAUUUCUUUCAACAGCUGCUUACCAAAGCCUUUGCCUAAGAACGUAAUUGUUAGAAGUAUUUAUGGGAAAGUUUGGAAACUGAAGCUGAGUAAGUGUAGUGGUGAUAUUGAGAAAUAUGCUAUGGUUGAUGGAUGGAAGAGAAUCGUUAAAGACGAGGAUCUCAAGGGCGGUGAGUUCUUGACGUUUGAGUUUGAUGGCUCGAGGCUCUUCAAUUUCUGUGUUUAUGGUCACACCACGUGUAAAAGGCUUGCAAGUUCAGUGAGAUCCAAACCGGCCGAAGUUGAAUCUGAUGGUGGUGAAGAUGAAGAUGAGAAAUCUAGUGUGGAGAUCAUAGCUAUUGAUAGUGAUGAUGAUGAGGAUGAUGAUGAUUAUGAUGAUGAUGGUGAUGAGGAUGAUGAUGAAGAUUCUGGUGACGAAGAGAAAUGUAGUGAAGAUGUCAUUGUUCUUAGUGAUGAUGAUGAUCAAGAUAGAUCCAGUGAAGAUAUCAUAGUUCUUAAUGAUGAUGAUGAGGAAGAUGAUGAUUAUGCUGAUGGUGAUGAGGAGGAGGAGGAGGAGGAGGAUGAAGAUGAUUAUGCUGAUGGUGAUCAAGAUGAUGAAGCUGAGAUCAAAGAGAAAGUCUCGAAGAAGAGUGAUGGUGGAGAUGAGAGACAAUAUCUGGAUAACUACAUGAACCCGUUCUUUAAGGUGAACCUGAAUCGGCAAAGGAAAAUCGAUCUGUGCAUGCAGGCUAAGGUCAUUAGGGACUAUGGCUUACACUUCCCUGAGUUCAUCAAUCUCAUUGACCCUUUGGAGAAAACAUUUGGGAAGUUGAGGAGGAAAGUUGAGGGACAUACAAUCAAGGGAUUCCAAAGUGUAAUCAGGAGGAACAAAGUGAAGUCUACUGACAAAAUGAUCUGCGAGUUGAAGACUGAGAUGAAUGGUCUUGUUCGUGAGAUCAAAGUCCAUGUUAUAAGUGGAUGA